CGGGCGGCCACGACAGCACCUCCGCGGCCCCAAACCGGCUUUUCCCCAUCGCGCCCAGCCAAGACUACGGCUCCCAGAAUGCAACAGAGCGCGAAAAAAGGGGGCGGCUCCUCGAGGCUGCCGGGAAGUGUAGUGCCGUUGGCGCCCCUCGGGCUGGCGGGGACGCGGUUUCUCGGCAGCGGCGAGGCGGGCUCAGCGCGCAGCCCAGGAAGGGACGCGGUUUGGAGGGGGGGGGGUCGAUCUCCGUGGUGGGACGCGGCAGCUCCUCCAGCCGACUCGCCGAUGGUCCCCUCCAGCCUGCCGGCCCUCGGCCGUGCCCUCCGCUGGCCGGCCUUCUCCGCCGGGCGCGCGGCGCUGAGCGGCUCGGCCGUGGAGAAGCCGGUGGAGUCGGGCAUCCGGGCCAAGCUGCAGGCGGCGCUGGAGCCCCUCCACCUGGAGGUCCUCAACGACAGCCACCUGCACGCCGUGCCCCGCGGCUCCGAGACCCACUUCCGGGUGGUGGUGGCCAGCCGGCGCUUCGAGGGCCUUUCGCUCAUCCACCGGCACCGGCUGGUCAAUGAGCUCCUCCAGGAAGAGCUGGCCGGCCCCGUCCAUUCCCUCUCCAUCCAGGCCAAGACCCCGCAGCAGUGGGAGAAGAGCUCCAGAGCCAGCCAGGGCCCCCCGUGCCUGGGAGGGGCCAAGCACGACCCGCACGUGGCCGACAAGUUGGGGAAGACGACGGGGCGGGGGGAAGCCGGGCCAGAGGGCCAGGGGGAGCCCUGACGGCAGCCUCCUCGGCGGGUCCCCGCACGCCUCGCCUUCCCUUCCCCCAGAGUCGAUGCCUCCUUCCGGGCUGAGCUGCCCAGAGCAGCCCUGGGCGCCACCUGCCACGGUUUGUGCCCGCUUGCUUGGUUCGCUCCCCUGCCCUAAAGAGGCCUGUGCGGUGUCUGCUGAAGCCUAUUAAAGGCCUUGGCCUUUC